AUGGACUAUAAAUCUGAACAACAAUCCGAAAAAGAGAGCCUGUCACUCUUAUAUGAAUGCACUAACGAAUAUAUAUCUUUGGGUGAUAAUUCCUUUAAGAUAUUUAUAGAUAAUAAAUUGAAAAAAAUUUCCUUUUAUAUUUUAUUCGAAUAUACGGAAAAAUAUCCUGAUGAGGCUCCUUUGUAUAAAAUAGUUGACGUUAAAAAUUUAUCAAUAUCCUUAAUAAAGAAUGUAGAGAAUCAAAUCCAAGAGACGAUAGAAAAUAACCUAGGAUAUAGCAUGAUAUAUAAUAUAGUGGAAAACAUAAGGACUUAUCUCUCUGAAGAUAUUGAAGAAAAGUCCAUGUACGAUGAAAUGAUUGAAAGACAACCCAAAUCAAAUAAAAUUAAUGACAGUGAUAAUUCAUCAGAUGAUAUUGAAAAAGAUUUAGAUAAUUAUGAAAAUGUAUUGGAGCUAAAAGAAUUAUGUGAAGAAAAGUAUAGAGUAAGUGAAGAAGAAUUUGAGGCAUGGAGAAAAGAAUUUUAUAAAGAUAUAUUUUUACAAAUGAAAAAAAAUAAUAAUUCAGAAAAUCCAACAGGAAGAGAGCUUUUUGAAAAGGAGAAAAUUAGUAUAUUAGAUCCUGAAUUUGAUGAAGGUGAACCAAAGUGGUGUAAUGAAGAAUUAUUUUGUGAUAUCGAUCUAGAUGAUUAG